AUGUCGACAUCUACACCUUCUAAGCAGUCUGAAGCACCUACGAAAGCUGCAGAUGCCAUGGAUGUUGAUGAGGUUGGCUUUCUUCUUUUCAGAAUCGUUAUCGUUUUUUUUUUCAGGGACUAGAAGAAGAAAUUCUGCGUAUGUCAACGGAUGAUUUGAAAAGUCGAACUCAUUUAUUGGAGAAUGAAAUGAGGUUCCAAGAAAAGUUUUUACUAAGCAUUGUUGAAUCUCUCAGGAUCAUGCGCAGCGAAGUCCAACGCAUUAAUCAUUCUACACAGACAUUGAAAGACCGUAUCAAAGAGAACACUGAAAGAAUUAAGGUUUGUAGCUUACGGGAACUGUUUAUUUAAUUAACCCUUUCAUAAUUCAAUUGGUUUAUUUUUUAGGUGAACAAAACUUUGCCGUAUUUGGUUUCCAAUGUGGUUGAGCUUCUCGAUUUGGAGGACACUCAAGAAGAAGAGGGUCAGUUUAUCUAGCGUACCGCUGAAAAAAAAAUCGGAAUUUUUAUGAGCUUUUUAACUGUGUGGUAAGGUGUUUUAAAAGGCUUCACGAUUUUUUAAGAAAUAUGAAAACUUCUUUUGCAUUGAACAUAUUCACACAUAUUAUACGACUUUUAUAUCUUUUAUAAGUUUUAUUUCUGGCGGUUUAACGUUAUUUCCUAUAAGAAUAGAACUAUCAAGAUGUUGGUUUUUCGUUCUUUGAAAAAAAAAGAAAGGGAACACUUCAAAUUCCAGGAGCCAACGUUGACCUCGACGCGCAUAAAACGAAGUGCGCGGUGAUCAAGACUUCUACUCGUGCCACUUAUUUCUUGCCAGUUGUUGGCCUUGUCGACCCGGACGAGUUGAAGCCUGGAGAUCUCGUCGGCGUGAACAAGGUUGGAAUCGAACCAUUAUUAAUUGUUCAGAAAAUCAUUUAAGGAUUCUUAUCUUAUCCUGGAAAAGCUUCCGGCUGAGUACGAUUCUCGUGUGAAAGCUAUGGAGGUAUUACCCGUUCUGAUUCAAUUUUUAUGGAAGUUUUUUGCAGGUCGAUGAAAGACCGUCAGAGCAGUACUCAGACAUUGGAGGGUGCGACAAGCAGAUUCAGGUCUGCCGUUGUAUUGAAACAGGAAAGAAAGUUAUGGUUUUCAGGAGCUCAUCGAGGCCGUCGUGCUGCCCAUGACUCACAAAGACCGUUUCGUCAAUCUCGGCAUCCAUCCCCCGAAAGGAGUCUUGAUGUACGGUCCCCCAGGUUGGUUCUCAUUCCGCAGUUUCAUUUUUCUCUUGGUUUUUACUUGACAUAUUUCGAAAACCGAAUUGAAUCUCGUGUUUAAAGUUUUUCGGCUAUUUCAAAUAUAACGUGUACAUGAAAUUAGAAUAUCAUUAGAAGUUAGAAAAUUUAAGGGGUAGCGAUUUUUAGGCACGAGAUCCAAAAAAAAUCGCCCGAAUUGCUCAUAAAGUAGUUGUUUCGCGCGUAAAAGUCGUCACAUCGUAGUAGGACCCAAUUUUUUUUUCCUUGAGCAUUUUGUUAUAUUCUUUUGAACAAACUAUAAUAUAGCUGAUCCACGGCUGGCUUGAGCCAUCAAAAAAGGUUCCUGGCACGAUAAGAAAAGAGACAGUGCCUGGUUGGUAGAGAGCUCAGAGCGUCCCAAGCUAGCCAUGUAUCGGCUAUAUUGGCAAUCUGGGGAGUAUGAAAAGCGCGCGUUUCUGAUACCAACCUUGGCGAAAUUUGAAGGAACUGGAAAGACGAUGAUGGCGCGUGCGGUGGCCGCACAGACCAAGUCGACGUUCCUGAAGUUGGCUGGCCCGCAGCUCGUGCAGAUGUUCAUCGGAGACGGCGCCAAGUUGGUGCGCGACGCUUUCGCUUUGGCCAAGGAAAAGGCUCCGGCCAUCAUCUUCAUCGAUGAACUUGACGCCAUCGGUUCGUUGUGUCCACUCCAAUUGUGUAUAUUUUACCUUCUUUCUCAUCAGGUACCAAGCGUUUCGACUCGGAAAAAGCCGGAGAUCGUGAGGUCCAGCGUACUAUGCUUGAACUCCUCAACCAGUUGGACGGCUUCCAGCCCAACGAUGAAAUUAAGGUCUUUUCCGAGAGAAUUCUGUUUUUAAUCGAAUUAGCCACCUUUUCUCGAGCGUAUUUUCUUCGGGUCAUUUUAUACGAGUUUUCUCAUAGUUUCUUAACUAAUCGAGCGAUUAAAAAAAUUUUUGGCGUAUUCAUCGGAGUAGCGGAACAUGCUUUAGAGCGGAAAAUCGAGUCGCUCCAAAACAGUACUGAUUUUUGUUUUGAAGCAAUUUUUUACGUUUCGUAGAAGUUUUCGUUUUGUCCGAUGAACAAGCCGUUGGUUAUUUAUAUCUAAGAAAAGUCAUUGAUGUAACUGCUCUUUCAUUGCGUCCAAAAGAAAAAUUUUCAUUCCAUUACCAUUUUUUUUCUUCGUUUUCUCUUCAAACACCUUUUUGACCCUCCCUUGCUGUGAUUUGGUAAUUUUUAGUAAGCUUAGAAUGGCUAUUUUGAGAGCCUUUUCAUUAUAUUUUUGAUAGUUCACUAUUACUUUUAAAGGUAAUUGCUGCGACUAACCGCAUCGACGUUCUCGAUCCAGCCUUGCUGCGUUCCGGUCGACUGGACAGGAAAAUCGAGUUGCCGCAUCCGAACGAAGAUGCCCGCGCGCGAAUCAUGCAAAUCCACUCAAGAAAGAUGAACGUCAAGUAAUUUCUCUUCUUCUUUCCGAAAAACAGUGCUUGUUUGCAGCAAAGACGUCAACUUUGAAGAAUUGGCUCGUUGUACGGACGACUUCAACGGGGCUCAGUGCAAAGCCGUCUGUGUUGAGGCUGUAAGUUCUCUCAGAAACCGUUUAAAAUAUGGGCGUUUUUCUCAGGGUAUGAUUGCCUUGCGACGCGAUGCAACCGAAAUUUUCCACGAGGACUUCAUGGAUGCCAUCCUCGAAGUUCAAGCCAAGAAGAAAGCCUCUCUCAAUUAUUACGCUUGA